AUGUCAUCCACCACACCCCCUGGGGCCCAACCCUCUAAGAAGGGCCGAAAGGCAGACAAAUCAGAGGUGAUGGCCGACCCCACUCCGGCCACCAAUGAGGAGCUCAAGUCCAGGCUCUUGGAUGAGCAGGUCGAACUGCAGCAAGAGCGGGCUAAGGUCUCCAAGCUCCGGGAGCGUCUCCAGGAGCAGCGCCAGGCCCGCGAGCUCGAACAACAUAAACACGUUGUGGCCAUCACAGACCUGAGGGCCAAACUACAUGAAGAGAAACUCAGAGAAGUCGCUGCAGCUCGAGAAGCUUUAGCUCGACAACAUGAGGUGGAACUGGCCCGCUCCAUAAAGAUCCGAGACACUGAGGUCCAGAGGCUGCAGGCUCUGGUCAACGCGUUGAGGGACGGAGCAGCCGAUAAACUCAAAAACGCACUGCUCGGAGAGGCACGGGAGGAGGCGAGGAGGGCCUUUGAUGGGGAGAGACUCAAACUGCAGCAAGAGAUCCAUGAGCAGAAGAUGGGCAGAAAGCAGGCUGAGGAGGCCUUGACUAACGCACUCCAGGCGGAUAAAACCAAAGCUACAGAUCUGCGCACAGCCUACCAGCAGCACCAAGACGAGGUGCACCGGCUCAAGCGGGACUGUGAGAGGGACAUCCGGAGAGUGAUGGAUGAGCUGAAAGCCAAGGACCGUGUGGUGUGUGCCUUGGAGAGGGAGCUAGGGCUGCAGGCUGGAUAUGCCCAAAAACUGCAGCUUCAGAAAGAGGCUUUGGACGAGCAGCUGGGGCAGGUGCGAGAGGCUGAGAAGUUCAACCAUGGUAGCCCCAAAAGAGAAGUGGUGCCUGGGCUUGGCGAUAACCAGGAACUGCAGUACAACCAGGAACUGGACGAGCGGGACAUGAGGAGAUUCCAGCUGAAGAUCGCAGAACUUCACGGUAUUAUCCGAAAACUGGAAGAUAGAAACUCGCUGCUGGCCGACGAGCGGAAUGAGCUGGUGAAACGGGUGAGAGAGGCAGAGAGCCAAAUGAAGCCCAUGUUUGAGAAGAACAAGCGCCUGUCCAAGAAAAAUGACGACCUUCUACAGACUCUACAGCGAAUGGAAGAAAAGCUUAAAAACCUGAGCCGCGACAACGCUGAAAUGAAGGAGAAGGCGGCCUCCUCUCGGCCCCCCUCGCAGCCGCCUCAUCAGUCCCAGUUGAAGAGGCCGAGCUCGCUGUCCGACCUGAGCCACGCCCACGAGGAGCAGGAGCUGGAGUUCCUCAAACUGCAGGUGGUCGAGCAGCGCGGGAUAAUCGAUGAGCUCACACAGGAACGUGACAGACUGGCGAUGACAAUGAAGACCAAACGAAGACAAGUGAAGAUGCCUAAAAGGCAUGUUGUGGAGACAUAUUUUGGAUUUGAUGAAGAAUCGAUUGAUUCCGAAACCUCGUCGCUGGUUUCAUACAACACUGACCUGACCGACCGCACACCUGCCACUCCCGAAGAAGACUUGGAAGAGAAUAUUUCUCGUGAAGAGUCCGAGCUACGUUUUCGGCAGCUGACCAGAGAGUACCAGGCGCUGCAGCGAGCCUAUGCCCUUCUGCAGGAACAGACUGGGGGGACGCUGGACGCUGAGAGGGAGGCCAGGGGCCGAGAACAGAUGCAGCAGGAGCUCAGCAGCUGCCAGGCCAAGAUCCUGGACCUGGAGAAGGCCCUGUCGGAGCGGGGGCAGGAUUCAAAAUGGGUUGAAGAGAAGCAGUACUUGCUCAGGACCAAUCAGGAGCUGCACGAAAAGAUGUGUGCACUGCAGCAGGCGGAAAAGCGACUUGAAGCUGAGGUUCAGGACGCUCGGGACCAAAAUGAGCUGCUGGAGUUCCGAGUGCUGGAACUAGAACAGAUCCUGGUCAUGUUAUCUGUCUUUAAGGAGCGGAGAUCUCCUGCCUUGAAUCUUCACAUGUCGGCCUUCCCUGAAAACAGCAGCAGUGCCCUACAGAGCUACUGCCACCAGCAGGGCGUGAAGGAUGUGGUUAUCCCUGAGCUCAUGAAAAAGCUGGAUAUACUUGGAGAUAAUGGGAAUUUGAGAAAUGAGGAGCAAGUGGCUGUGAUCCAAGCAGGGACAGUCAUCUCCCUCUGUGAAAAGUGGCUGAAGCAAAUUGACAACACUGAAGCAGCUCUCACUCAGAAAAUGAUUGAUUUGGAAAAUGACAAGGAGUUGUUCAGUAAACAGAAGGGUUUUCUUGAGGAGGAGUUGGACUACAGGAAACAGGCUCUGGACCAGGCCCACAUGAGGAUCCAGGAGCUGGAGGCCACUCUGUACAGCGCUCUGCAGCGGGAGGAGGAGGUGGGCCGCACAGAGUCCCUGAGCGAGCGGCAGAGGGACGAGCUGCAGAUGGCUGUGGAGAAGCACCGCAGGCACGUCCUCAGACAGAGCCGGCAGUUUGACUCUCAGAUCCUCCAGGAGCGCAUGGAGCUCCUACAGCAGGCCCAGCAGACCGGAGAGCCGGCUUCACGGAGAGACCUUUCUCUGACAAACGGGACCAGGCAGUUGUAG